AUAGAAAAUUAGUGGCUUCAUCGCUGAUCCGGUGCCAUCCUAUAUAACACCAAUCGUUUUGUACUCCAUCGUCAUUCUUUUCGACAGGUCGCAGCUCGAAGCUACCCUCGCACUCCCUCGCCCGCGUGUCUUACACCAUGUCCACCACUCCAGUCGAUCUUUCGCACCAUCUCUCGCAAGAGGCGCGUCUGCGCAAGCCCAAUGCUAUGAAGCAAAUCUGGAGAUUGGCUCGCAGAAAGCCAAACAUGAUCUCACUGGCAAAUGGCGACCCGCAUUCAUCGCUCUACCCUAUCCAGAGCUUGACCUUCAACGUCGCCUCCGUCGCCGAGAAAGACCCGGUGGCGACUUGGCGCGCCGGAGGGUCCAGCGCGCCGACGCACACGCUCACUUCCUCGCGCGACGAAGCGUCAGUCCUGCCCGUGCGCACCGCAUUCCAAUAUACGACGGGCGCAGGCCUCAUAGAGACGCAACAAGCGGUCACCGAGCUCACACGCUUCUAUCACAAUCCCCCAGACCACGCUGCCACUCUGACUCUCGGCAACGGAGACGGCGUCACGAAGUGCUUCCGGCUGCUGGGCUCGCCUGGGGAUCACUUCCUCGCUGAUGAGUUCACAUUCAGUUCGCUCGCCAACGCUGCUGUUCCCCAUGGCAUUAAGUGGGUGUCUGUCAAGAUUGACGAGGGAGGUCUGAUUCCAGAAGAGCUCGAGAACAUCUUGGUAAAUUGGUCUGAGGAGCGUGGGCCAAGGCCACACGUGCUCUACACUGUCCCAUGCGGACAAAACCCAACAGGGUCGACAUUGUCCGUUGAGCGUCGGAAGAAGAUCUAUGAGCUCGCCCGUCGCUUCGACCUCCUCAUCAUCGAAGACGAUCCUUACUACUUCCUUCAAUACACCUCGGAACCAUCAUCCCCCGAAGCGGAGGCCGCCCCAGCCGGAUCGGAGGGUGCCGUCUCUUCGCGCGGGCUCGCACCGUCCUUCCUCUCGCUCGACACGGACGGGCGCGUGCUGCGCGUGGACUCCUUCAGCAAGGUGUUCGCGCCGGGGAUGCGGCUCGGCGUGAUCACCUCCUCGCCCUUCUUCCACGCGCACCUCGUCGCGCUCACCGACUCCUCCACGCAGCACCCGCACGCGUUCGGCCAGCUCUUCCUCGCGGAGCUCCUCGGGCCCGCCGGGUGGACGCUCGCCGGGUUCGACGCGUGGGUGCGCAGCCUGCGCGACGAGUACCGGCGCCGGCGCGACGUCUUCCUCGGCUUCUUCGAGACGGAGGUCGCGCCCCUCGGCCUGGUGGACGCGAGCGUGCCGGAGGCGGGCAUGUUCGUGUGGACGAAGAUCAACGUCGAGCGGCACCCGCGCUUCAGGAGGGAGGCUGGUGAGGCGAAGGCGCAGGGCGCGCGCACGAACUGCAGGCAGUUGAUGGAGGAGCUGUUCGAGCUGUGCCUGGACAAUGGGCUCGUCGUCAUGCCCGCGUGGGUGUUCGCGCUCCCGACGGAUCCUAAGUAUGAUGACCCGGAAAACCCUGUUGAGGACCGCAUGAACUACUUCCGCCUUACCUUCGCGGGAACGGAGGAGGCCAUGGAGGACGGCUUGAAGAUCUUCGGCCAGUCGCUGAAGGAGUUCUUCGUUGAGAAGCCCAAGCCUGUCGAAAACUAGACGUCGGUCACCUAGAUGCUGAACAGUGCUAGACUUACCACAUUUCUAACUUCUCAUCACAACACGGACACCAUAGAGACAACACCUAAUUAUCGUAUUUCACUUAUUGGCUUUUACUCGUGUAUAUCCUUAGACUAAAGACUUGACUAUGCACGUUACAUAUCGUAGGUGUCACAGAUUCGGAAUGGUGCAAUGUAUCAAAAAGCAUUUGACUCGAGCAUCACAGCAAACGCGGGCCCCAUGCUGUUCGUCGUGACAUUUAGUUGAGCUCGUACAACGUGCCAAACAUAU